GAGACUUGAUGCGCAAACGCUGGGCGGGGUGGUGGGGAGUCGAGGCUACGGAGCGCGAAAUUGGAAGGCAGGAGGUGCGCGAAAUUGAGAGGGGCACACACGCGGGAAAAGAAAAAAAGAAAAGAAAAGAAAAGAAGAAGAAGACGAAGAAGAAGAAGAAGAAGAAGAAGAAGAAGAAGAAGAAGAAGAAGAAGAAGAAGAAGAAGAAGAAGAAGAAGAAGAAGAAGAAGAAGAAGAAGAAGAAGAAGAAGAAGAAGAAGAAGAAGAAGAAGAAGAAGAAGAAGAAGAAGAAGAAGAAGAAGAAGAAGAAGAAGAAGAAGAAGAAGGAAGCUACAGUAACGGCUGAAGCGUGAGUAACGACGGAAAAAAUAUAUAACCUAGCUCAAU